GUGGUAUUGCAUUAAUCUUUAUUGAAAUAUUUAAUCCAUUUUUUUAAGUUGAAAUCAGUAGUUUACAUUUUAUUACUUUAUUUGUGAUAGUUCGAUUCAACUCGACACAUCAAACAAAUUGUGUUGUAAGCAAACUGUUGAUAAGUAGAUUACACUUAUAUACACAUUUCGCAUUACAGUUAAAAAAACAACACAAUUCACAUAAGCCAGGGAGACACAGUGACACUCCUUGUGAAUAGAAAUAAGGCCUUAACUGAACUUGACGAAAGAACAGCAGAAACAUUGCGUAAACUUGAUGAGAAGGCAUUGGCUGUUCAAAAAGAAGAAGCUGCAAAACGAACAGAGAUGAAAGAACUAUUAAAAGAUGAACUUAUAAGAUGGUACAACACCAAUCAGAGUACAGUUUUUCUUUCACCAAUCACAGAUGAUGUCCCUACCCCUCUUGCCGGGUUCUACAUUAUGCCAGAAAUUGACAUACAGACCUAUCUGCCAGGCGGUAGGAAAGAAACAACUAGAGUCAAGUCAUUACAGGACCUGUUUACAUCUGGCAGGUACAGUUCACGGGAAAUAUAUUUAUCAGCUGUCGCUGGAUUUGGGAAAACUGCAUUUUCAAAAUAUCUCGCUUUGACAUGGUGUCAAGCUCAUAAAAAGGAUGAAAAUUAUAACCAUUUUAAAGAAGAAGAAUUAGAGGCGAUAUCUUGUUUUGAGUUUUUAUUUUUGGUGCUAUUGAGAGAUUCAACUAAAGUAUGUGAUGUCGACGACAUGAUUGAACAACAAGUCAUACAAUUUCUUCCGUGCUCAUCUUCAUUGCCAAAAGGACUAUUAAAGGAUAUUCUACGUGAUGAAAAAUGUCUUGUUAUAAUAGAUGGACUAGAUGAAUGGACUCAUCCUGACAACUUUUGUACAAGACUUCCUAAAGGUAUUCCGCAUCGAUAUAGACGUGAAAAGUGUGUAAUCUUGACAACGACCCGGCCAUGGAAGCUUGGAGACUCAAACGUAAAGACAAGUCAAAUGGACAAAACAAUAGAGCUAGUUAAACUAAACGAAGAUAAUUCAAGGCAAUUUAAGCUAAAUGCACUGAAAAUAUUGAAUGUAAACCUUCAAGAUGAUGAACUGAAAAAUGAAGUGUGUAGAUUUGAAGAAUCAAUCAGUGGUCAUGACCUUGAAGAUAUGGAAUCCAACCCCCUUCUUUUACUCUAUCUUAUAUGUUUAUGGGUUGCAAAAAUUCCAAUAGGAAAUUCUGCAGUAGAAUUAUAUACAGGCAUUAUUCAGCUCCUUUUAUCUAGAACAGAAAAGUUACAUGGAAAGUUUCAUUCAUCGUGUGAAAUAUCCCAUAGUAAUGUUCCUGAAUGUUUCAGAAAACAUAAACAUUUCUGUCGUUACUACACAUUUCUGAAGACCAUUGGGAAACUAGCUUUUUAUACAUUGUUCGGUAGGAAAAAGGAGCAAACAUUAGUUUUUGAUAAAAAUGUUGCAGAAAAAUAUCUUGACCAAGAAGAUUUGAUAUCAAGCUGUCUAUCAGGAAUAUUGUCAGAAAGUAAAGUGAAAACAUUAAUUAAUGAAAGUGCUAAAAUCUCAUUUUUACAUAAAAAAGUGCAGGAAUACUUUUCAGCAUUAUUUAUAAGUUUUCAAAAUACAAGUGAAGUUCAGGAAAUCAUCUUUGAAGAGUGCAACUGCUUACAAAAUAUUCUAGACAUGUCAAAAGUGUUUGGAUUUAUUAGUUACAUGAACCCUAAAUUAAUGUCUUCACUAUCAAGUGAUUUGAUGCCUGUGAUAAACAAUGAUGAAAAAACAAACAAAUACAGAACUUUGAUAUAUUAUGAUUUCGUGUACAUUAAGCCAUUACAAGACAUACAAGACAUGUACAUUUGUUGUACUAAAGAAAGCCAGGAAAACAAAGACCUCAACUUGUGCUUACAAGAUUUUAUCAUUAAUGAAAAAUGUCACCAAGAAAACUACUUCAAACAUUUACAACAUUUGUGUCAAAAAAAUAAAGAAAACAUUAAAUCAAUAAUGAUAGAAAAUGAAGGUAUUUGUAGUCUACAAGACAUUAUCAACUUAUUUACACUUUCUCACCUUCCACAUAUAGAGAAAUUAUACUAUAGAGGUGAAAUUGUAGAAGAGGAAAUAAUGAGCUUGUUAUUUAACCCUUUAAAAUGUUUAACUGUGAUAUCAAGUAAAUGGGAAAAUCAUAAAUUUGUAGGAAGACGUUGCCGGCUGUCUUCAGAAAUAAAUGAAGGACUGGUGAAAUUACAACACCUGGAGUGUUUAAAUAUACAAUGUUUCACUAUGACCCACAAGGUAAUGGAGACAUUGUUAAAUUUCCUCACUAGUAAAAAAUCAAUGAAAGAAAUAAGAUUGUACAAUUUAUACUGUAGUGAUCAUGGAACCUCAUGUAGGGGAUUAAACCUUGACCUGUCUCAACAUUCACAACUAGGACAUUUAGGAUUGCUCGGGAUACCUGUGUCACAAUUAAACAUGGAUGUAUCGUUGUUAGACGUAUGUGAGGUAGGUACCUGGUGUUGUGUCGUCUUAUCUAAGUCAACUACCAACAGCCAGUAGUCAAAAUAUAUUGACGUGCCAAAGCUUAAUUCUGAGAUAUUUUCGUUUUGGGACAGAAUCUCGCUUUUGUGAUAUAAA